UCAUCAGAUAACUGAAAAAUCCUCGUUGCCAGGUGUGUUCGGUGGCGAGAAGGUAUCGUGUGGGAGAAAGGUUAUAUGCGGUUAUAUUUGUAAAUAAAUCUCAUAUGGGCGUGAUUGGGGCUCGUGAGCCACGAUCGUAGCAGGGGAGAUCCAUCGGUACUGCGUGUGUUUCUGAUUCUGUGAUCCAUUUUUACGUGCGCACGAAACGAGCUACACAGAAGCGCUCUGUUUCGGAACGUCGGGAAGCGGUUCGGACCAAGAAGCAGUCGGGAUGACUUUCCGUGAAAUGAUGCGGACGACGACUUUUGGGCUGGCCAAAAGAUUCCUGAGGAGCCAGACCAAGUUACACGUCCAUUCUAUGAGAGCCAUGUCAUCUGAGACCGGCGAUGUGAUAGUGGAGAAGGUCGGCAACAAAGGCGUCAUCAUCCUGGACAGACCCAAGGCCCUGAACGCCCUUUCUCUUGACAUGAUUCGGCAGAUCUACCCAACCCUCAAGAAAUGGGACACGGACCCAGACAUGAAGAUGGUGAUCAUCAAGGCCAAGAAGGACUCCAAGGCAUUCUGCUCCGGAGGGGACGUCAAGGCCAUCGCCGAGACCAAGGGCCAGGACACCAACCUGCGGGACGCCUUCUUCCGCGAGGAGUACCGCCUCAACAACCUCAUCGCCAGCCUGACGAUUCCGUACGUUGCUCUUUUGGAUGGUGUUACAAUGGGAGGGGGGGUGGGUCUUUCCGUCCACGGCACUUUCCGGGUGGCGACCGAGCGGACCGUCUUUGCCAUGCCGGAGACUGCCAUUGGUUUCUUCCCGGACGUCGGGGGCAGCUACGUGCUUCCGAGGCUACCGGGGAAGUUGGGCCUCUUCCUGGGACUGACGGGGUACCGCCUGGUCGGCUGGGACGUCCUCAAGGGUCGCAUUGCCACGCACUUCUCCUCCUCCCAGAGGCUCGAGAAUCUGGAGGGUGACCUGAUGCGCCUAGCGAGUCCCAACAUCUCGGACAUUGACAAGAUCCUGCUGAAGCACCAGGAUCAGUGCGAAGCCGACUUCCGCAAGGAGUUUGGCCUCAAGAAGUUCAUGGGUCGGAUCAACUCGGCCUUCAACGCCCCCAGCGUCGAAGCAAUCAUAGAAAAUCUCAGCAAAGACACCUCUGAAUGGGGACAGGAACAAGCGAAGGUCCUCCAGAAGAUGUCUCCCCUGUCAAUGAAGGUGACCUUCCGGGAGCUCCAGGAGGGUUCCACGCUCACACUUCAGGACGCCCUGAAGAUGGAGUUCCGCCUGUCGCAGCGUUUCAUGCAGGACUCGGACUUCUUCGAGGGCGUCGGAGCAGUGCUCAUCGAACGCUCGGGCGAGCCCAAGUGGAACCCGGCAACGCUCGCGGAGGUCACGGAAGAAAAGGUGGACUCGUACUUCGAGCCGCUGCCUGCCGACAAGGAGCUGCGGCUCUGAAGGGAGGGCCGUGGCAAGCCCUUUCCCUCUCCAGCGCGGAUCUCUCUUUCGUUGCCGUCUUGCCACAUUCACCUUUCUCUCUCCGGGCUCGAGCGGUGGAAGACGCCCGCCCCCCUCCGUCGGUUGUAGCGAAACCAGUGCCGAAAGGAGACGCACCUCUUUUUACGCUUCCCCUUCCGGAGUCCCCGUCGUACAUGUAGGCCGAUAGGUGGUGCAACCUGCGGGCUCGAGCGGCAUGGCAACGCUUUGCUCUCUGCUGCAAGGCCCCUUGUUGGGGAGUUGGUGCGGUGUGGUCACUGACUGCUUAAGAAACGUGGGGCGUGGGCUCCUACCCUGGCCGACAGGAAUGCAGCAAAAUGCGAGGUGAGAAGUAGGGACACAACCACUCUCCGCGUUUCUUAAGCCGUCGGCAGCCAUAGUUGCAGCCGCAUCCUGUGCAAUACGUACAGUAGGAACUGAGGGGGUGGGGAUUAGAGGCGUAGGCAGGAAGGAACGACUUUUGGAAAAAGAAACAUGGUUACCGCACGAGUGUACGCCGCUCCAACUUGAGAGCACUUUGGCUUGUCGGGCGAUGGCUCGCGACUUUUAGAAUGCUUUGCCUGCACCGCAUAAACCAUAUGUUUGGGGUCUCAAUGUUUUGUUGUCGUUUUGUGUUUUUUUUUUACUUUUCUGCGAGGCUGUUAGUUGCACGCUGUUUCUCCCGUGCACUUUUGUUGGGCCGUGUCAAAAAGCAAGAAAGGAGCCGUGCAGUAUUAGCACACCGAGGAUGGAAUCUUGCCAAAAAAAAGAAGGUGGAAACCAGACAAUCUGAAGAUGGCUGUGCAUAGCGUCCAGUUGUAGUGCCUGUUUUGGAAUGGCAAACACUUUGGUUACGCUUGCUAAAAAGUCCAGUGUUGUUGGUUUUCUUUGCCUUUAUGCAGGCAAUUAUUACUUGCAAGUUCCAGUCACACUGCACAAUAAUUAAGAACACCAUGCAAGGCGUUUGUUGUAUUCUCUGCUUUGUGCCAUGUUCUCCGAGGAACGGCAGUAGAAUAUAAUAUAAGAUAUGACUAUGUGAAGGCUUCGCCAACGGCGUCACGAUAAACUGCAUAGCGGGUUUCCAUCUCUUGGGCAUGAUGUGCAGACUGUCACAUUGGCACUGCUAGUGGCAACGCAAUUUGAGAUUAUAAAACCUUUUCUUUAUUGCAAGGA